AUGGGCGGCGGCAACUGCAACCCCAAGGACUUCGGCGCCGCCGCCUACUGGGACGCCCGCUACUCCUCUCCCUCCACUGGCGGCAAGGGCGGCGGCGGCGGCGGCGGGUUCUUCGACUGGUACCAGUCGUACUCGGCGCUCCGCCCACUCCUCCGCGCCUGCGUGCCCGCCUCCUCCCAGGUCCUCAUGCUCGGCUGCGGCAACUCCCUUCUGUCGGAGGACAUGGUAAAGGAUGGUUACCAGAACAUAGUAAACAUAGACAUCUCAUCCGUUGUAAUCGAGCAGAUGAAAGAGAAGCACAUGGAUUUCCCACAGCUUACAUAUAUGCAGUUGGAUGUCAGAGAUAUGAGCUUCUUUGGAGAUGGAUCAUUUGAUUGUAUCAUCGACAAAGGAACUUUGGAUGCUAUGAUGUGUGGCGAUGAUGCCCCUCAUGGUGCUUACAAAAUGCUAGCAGAAGUGGCAAGGCUUAUGAGGCCUGGUGGGAUUUACAUGUUGAUAACAUAUGGUGCCCCUAAGGAACGCCUGACACUUCUGAAUCAAGUCCGAUGCCGUUGGGAAGUUGAGCUUUACAUUAUGCCAGCCACACCUGAAUACCAGCUGAAAUGGAGCAACGGUGCUGCACACGCCAUGAUGGAGAAAGUUGCACUGACAGUGGAUGGCCAACUGCCACCUGACUACGUUCUCAAGGAUCCAGAGUCACAUUUCAUUUAUGUUUGUUACAAGUCAGAUAUAGUGACUGAAGAUAAUUCCAUGGUUGCUGGUCAAGAUGAUGCCAUGACUUCAUUUUAA